AUGCAGCGAUCCCGGGCCCGGGCCCCCUGCCCUGCUCACCCCGCUCUCUCGCAGGCCGUGGAUGACUUGCUGCGCUGUGGGAUCUGCUUCGACUACUUCAGCAUCGCCGUGGUGAUCCCGCAGUGCUCGCACAGCUACUGUUCCCUUUGUAUCCGCAAGUUUUUGUCCUACAAAACGCAGUGUCCAACCUGCUGUGUGGCAGUCUCAGAAUCUGACCUGAGAAACAACCGGCUUUUAGAUGAUCUAGUGAAGAGCUUUAAUUCUGCAAGGCAGCAGCUGCUGCAGUUGGUGUUGGAUGCUCCAUCCCCAGCAGCCCCUGGCCACAGCAGCCCUGCUGCUCAGCCUGCACAGGGGCCAGGCACCCACAGCUUCCUGAGGAAGGACAAAGUCUGCACCUCCACCGAGGCAGGGCUGCCAGGGACUGCUCAGAAGAGUCUCAGCACUGAGGAGCACCAUGGCCUGCACAGCCCUUCUGCAGAGCUUGGUGGUGCAGACAGCAAAGUGGGGUCACAGGAGAUUCCUGGGAGCACUGCAAAUCAUGAAAAGCCUUCUACAUCUGUGGUGACAGGAGACAGGAAAGUGGAAUGUCCUGUUUGUGGGGUUGCUAUUCCAGAGCAAUAUAUCAACAAACAUCUGGACAGCUGCUUGAGCAGGGAGGAGAAGAAGGACAGCCUGAGGAGCUCUGCCCACAGAAGGAAGCUGAUGUCCAAGGUGGUUUAUAACCUGCUGUCAGAUCGGGAUCUGAGGAAGAAGCUCAAGGAGCAUGGUCUGUCCACCUCUGGCACCCGCCAGCAGCUCAUCAAGAGACACCAGGAGUUUGUGCACAUGUACAAUGCCCAGUGUGAUUCCCUGAACCCCAAAUCAGUUGCAGAGGUUGUUAAAGAGCUGGAGAAGAAUGAGAAGAUUCGGGUUCAGCUGGAGUGUAAUAACAAACCUGGGGAAAGUAGCUUGACCUUCACAAAGGACCAGACAGAGGAGGAAAUAGAUGAGAUCCACGCUGAAUAUCGAAACAAACACAGGAGUGAAUUCAAGUUCUUGGUGGAUCAAGUAAAUAAACGGUGGAAGAAGACAGGUGAGAGGAAAGCAGAAAGUGCUCAAAGCAAAGAGGAAGUUGCUGUCAAAGAGCUGCCAACAGCCACAGAGCAUCACACAGCUGUUGUCCCUGGAAAAGCCCAGACACUCCAAUCAGAAAUUCCUGAUGGCCAGAGAAGUGAAUCUCAUUGCUUGAAGAAAUACCAGAGAUCAGCCUCUCCUGAGUUCUCCCUCUCCUCUGGCUCCACAAGCAGCACCAAUUCAGACAUCCUGGCAGAUGUGGAAGGGUCUGAGACGUGUUCAGCAUCCUCUGACAGCAGCUCUGUGCCUCUGGCAGGGAGCAGGAGGAAGCUGCGGCGGCGAGUCCCCCGGGAGGAGGAGGAGGAGGAGGAUGGAGCGAGGAUGCCCCGGGCCAAGCGCAAGAGGAGCUAGGGAACGCUCUGGGAAACACCUCCUGGCCUCUUCCAUCCCCACAGCACCUGGGCCCUGAGCACAGUGCUCCAUUUUCCCAUCCUGCAUUCCAGCAG